UACAAAUUUCUGCGCAUGUGGAUUUUCUUAAAUAUUUAUGAAGCGCCCUUCUUCACCGUCCCUUGCGGCUUGCAAGCAACAUCCCGAAAGCAAAACAUGAGGUCCACGUCGGUAAAUAUCCUCCACCAAUCACUUAUAUCUCCGUCGCCGCUCUCCUCCGGCGAAGUCCGGCCAUCUCUUCCGCUAACCUUUUUCGACUUGAUAUGGAUCAACUACAGCCCCGUAGAACGCCUCUUCUUUUACCAGUUUCCCUAUCCCACUUCCCACUUUCUUGACUUCCACCUCCCCAUCUUCAAAUCCUCCCUUUCCGUCGCCCUCUCCACUUUCUACCCUCUAGCCGCCACCAUUCGCCGGCGCCAAUCUGACGGCCGUUUUGAAAUUGCCACCACCGACUCGGACUCCGUCACCCUCACCGUCUCCGAAUACGAAGGCGCCGCCGCCGACUUCCUCGAUAUCUCUGGUGAUCAUUCCCGGCCGGUAGAGAAGCUUCUAGUUCUGAUUCCUCGACUUCCAAUAUCCCGCGAAGAACAGCCUCUGCUAGCUGUUCAGGUCACUCUGUUUCCAAACUACGGCCUUUGCCUCGCCCUCGCCGUGCACCACGCAGCUUGUGACGGGUUCAGCUCAAUGCAAUUCGUCAAGUUAUGGUCCGCCGCUGCGGCAUCAGGCUUACGACUGGACAGAUUAAAUCCCGGGCUGCCAGCUCCGGUCAUGGACCGAACCGUGAUUCCUGAUCCGCGAAACGUAUACUUGCAGAUAGAGAAGGGCGUUCUGGAUGAGAGAGCCAAGGAAAAGAUGGUGACUUCAGGAAUCUCCGGCGGAGUUUUCGCCGCUACGUUAAGCAUUUCCGCUCCGGAGAUCGAUCGGCUCAAGAAGCGGGUGCAGGGGAGGGCUGCGGAACAGGGGAUGCGCCGUUUCCACUGUUCUUCUUUUGUGAUAUCCCUUGCUUAUUCAUGGACCUGCAUGCUGAAAACUCGUUGCAUAACUGACGGCGACGGCGCGGCGCACGUCUUAUUCGCGGUGGACUGGCGGCGGAGAAUUCGCCCUGAGAUUCCGGCGAACUAUUACGGGAAUUGCCUCGCCCCAUGCUAUGUGAAGUGUAAAGCUGAAGAGCUUUUGGCGAAAGAUGGGAUUUUGGUUGCUUCCGCGGCCAUUGGGACGGGGAUUGAGGAGUUGGGAGAUGACGUUCAUGAGAUUAUAGAUGGAUUGAUGGAUAGGAUUGGGGAGCUGGCGCCAUGGCGGCCGUUGACGGUUGCGGGGUCGCCGAAGAUGGGGGUUUACGAGACUGAUUUUGGUUGGGGAAAGCCGAGGAAGGUGGAGGUGAUAUCGACGAGGGAGACGGGCGCCGUGGCGUUGGCUGAGAGCAGGGAUGGAGAGGGAGGGAUAGAGAUUGGAGUUAUUCUACCGGAGGAGGAUUUAAAAGCUUUUGCAAAGCAUUUCGCCGCCGGACGGGAUUGGUGAAAACCUAUGUUCCGUUCAUGGAGUUCGUGAAGCCCAUUUAUAUAUAAAUAAUGUCUGCGUAGAUAGCAUGCCUGUGCAUUGUAAAGUAAAUAAGUAUAUUUUGAGUAUUUCUAUAUAUUUGAUGCUACACAAAAUAAAUCUACAAGGUCAAAGGGAAGUAUUUUAAAAUUUAUUUGUACUGCAUUUAUAAUCGAGCGAAUUCCAAAUACACUGCCUCACUUUGCAGA